UACAAUGGGCUCUAAGCGACGGAGAGCCACGUCUCCAUCCAGCAGUGUGAGCGGAGGAGAUUUCGAGGACAGCCAGACAACAUCUAUACCAUCAACCAGCCGGAAGAGGAGAAGAACCACAAACAUCCCCACUGUCGACCCUAUCGCUGUGUGUCAUGAGCUGUACAACACUAUCAGAGACUAUAAGGAUGAUCAGGGCAGGAUGCUGUGUGAACUCUUCAUCAGAGCACCAAAGAGAAGGAACCAGCCGGAUUACUAUGAUGUGGUGUCGCAGCCCAUCGACAUGAUGAAGAUCCAGCAGAAGCUGAAGAUGGAGGAGUAUGAUGAUGUUGAGCAGCUCACAGCCGACUUUCAGCUCCUAUUCAACAACGCCAAGACCUACUACAAAGUGUGUAUAUGUCAUACGCUAGCAGUCAAAUGUCUAAGUCAUUUCGAUUUCUUAAUGUUUUUUUAA